AUGUCAGGUGUAGAAAUAACACCAUCAAAUAGAUCAUCAAGGUCAAGAUCAAGAUCAAGAACAAGAAAUUCAACAGCAAAUACAAGAUCAACAUCAGCAACUCGUCGUCCAAGUUCAUCAUCAACAAGAAAGUCAUUAUCAAGUUCAUCAUUAAAUAAAUUAACUAUAACAUCAACUCAAAUUAAUAAUGAAACAAUUAUACCAUCAGUAAAUGUUAUAUUAGAUAAUUCAUUACCUGCUGAAUUUUUUAAACAAGAUAUUAUAGCAUUAACAAAAACUUUAAAAAUAAGUAAAUGGUAUAAAAAACAAUUAGAUUUAAAAAUUUUAAAAGUUAAUAGAAUUUCUGGAGCUUUAACUAAUUCUAUAUAUAAAGUUGAAUAUAAUGAUCCUAAAAACGAAAUUUAUUUACCUUCUUUAUUAUUAAGAGUUUAUGGAAAAAAUGUUGAUGAAUUAAUUGAUAGAGAUCAUGAAUUAUUAACAUUAAUAAAAUUAUCACAAAAAAGAAUUGGACCAAGAUUAUUAGGAAUAUUCAUAAAUGGUAGAUUUGAACAAUUUUUAGAUGGAUUUGUAACAUUAAAUAAAGAACAAAUUAGAGAUUCAAUAAUAUCACAAAUGUUUGGUAGAAGAAUGAAAGAUUUACAUUAUAAAAUUCAAUUAGAUGAAGAAGAUUUAAAAUCAGUACCAACAUGUUGGAGAUUAAUUGAAAAAUGGUUAAAAAUUUUUGAAUUUGAAUAUUUACCAAAUUAUAUACUGAGUGGUAUAAAUCCUGAAGAUAUAUUUUUUAUGAAAUUUGAUGAAUUAAAAAAUUUAAUUUUUAAAUAUAAAAAUUGGUUAUUUUUAAAAUAUGAUGAGAAAAAUUUUACAUCAAAUUAUAAAUUUUGUCAUAAUGAUACUCAAUAUGGAAAUCUUUUACUUUGUGAAUCUUUUAAACCAGAAGAUAUUAUAGUUGAUUCACCUCCAACAACAAAAGUUGAUGAUAUAAUAAUAAAAUCAACUUCAAAUAAAAAAGAUAAUAAUUUAGUAGUUAUAGAUUUUGAAUAUUCUGGACCAAAUUUUCCAGCAUUUGAUAUUGUAAAUCAUUUUAGUGAAUGGAUGACAAAUUAUCAUGAUCCCAUUAAAUCUUAUUAUUUAGAUGAAUCAAAAUAUCCAACAAGAUUAGAACAAUUAAAUUUAUUAAAAUCUUAUAUUGAAUAUGAUUUUCAAUUACCUUCAUCAAAUUUAAAAACUUCAAAAAAUCCAGUUGAAUUUUUAAUUGGAGAAAGUGGUAAUAAUCAUGAAGAUACUUUAAAUCUUAUACAAUAUGAAAUUGAAAAAAUGUAUAAUGAAUGUAUAUAUUGGAGAGGUUCAGUACAAAUUUUUUGGUGUUUUUGGGGUCUUAUUCAAAAUGGACCAAUAAAACCAAAAUUACAAAAAUCAGAAAGUGAAAAAGGUAUAGAUUCAACUUAUAAUAUUACAAUUGAUGUUGAAAAAUUAAAUAUAAAUGGUAAAGAGAAUGAUGAUCAUUCUAAAGAUGAUGAUGAUGAUUCUGAUAUUGUACUAGAAGAAGCAAUAACUUCAAGUGAUGAUGAUUUUGAUUAUUUAAAAUAUUCAAAUCAAAAAAUUUCAUUAUUUUUAGGUGAUGCAAUACAAUUUAAUUUAAUUAAAAUUGAAGAAAUUUUACCAAAAUAUAGAGAUUUUAUAAAAUAUUUAAAUACUGAUUUAUUAAAUAGUAGUUUAUAA